UUACGAUAUCACGAGAGGUCUCAUCUGAAUCCCAAGACCUACUCGUGUGUGUGGCCGGGAUGUGAUUACAAGACACGUGACAGAAAUGGUCUCCCUUUGCAUAAUCGCAUUCACACGAAGACAACGCUAACCAAACCGCUUCCUCUUCGGUAUAAACCACAAAAGGAAUCAAUGAAUGACACGAAUGAUGACACACCAGACGCCACUUCAGAGGACACUUCGGGCGUACCUAUGGAUCAGAUAACACUCCGUAAACGUAUACGCGAGCAGUUCCAGAGGGGUGUUCCCGCGGGUCAGGCCUUUAAGAUUGUGAAAACUCUUUACGGAUCGAUCAUAAGUCGGAGUACUUUGCACAAGUGGUACCAAAGGUUCAAAUCAGGGAAUCUUAGUGUCGAAGAUGACUCCCGUUCGGGUCGACCCAAACAGACAGACCUAAGGGUUGCCAACAAAGAGGGAAAUCUGGUGUUUCGGUGCGAAUGGCCUGACUGUGGGUCAGAGUACUUGAGAAAAGAUCGUCUACAGCGCCAUAUGAUGGUCCACAUGAAUGUGAAGCCUUACCGGUGCGAGUGGCCCGGCUGUGACUACGCCAGUAUCGAGAAGUAUCAGCUCGAGUUACAUAAAACGAUUCACACGGGUAUUAAGAAAUAUGUCUGUCAUUGGCCUGAAUGCGACCGCAAGUUCGCCCGACCCGAUCACCUGAGACUGCAUACACUUUGGCACAACAACGAUAAGAAGUACCGGUGCCCGUGGCCCGGCUGUCCCUACCGGACUUGUUUC